AUGGCGUGGUGGGACUCACGAAGACAGAGCCGCCAGGCCCCAGCAUCUUUACCUUCUGCGUCUUUGGACGAUGGCCUUCUCGCUGCUGUUCGUCCUUCCCCACGGCUACGAAAGCGAUUCUCUGCAGGCGAUGCCUUCCCGAGGCUUGACUCCAUCAACACCACCACGACACAGCGCCACACCACCUUGGACAUGGACGAGAGAGCCGUGCUAUCGCCCGUAGCUGAAGAAAAUGCGGAGUCUUCCAGGUCACCAGCGCUUGUGAUCCAGGUCGAAAUCUUUUUCACCGAUCCUCUCAUCCGAUCUCGCUAUGCACGGAGCUAUGCGAGCUCACCUACCUUCGAAGCCAACAACAGGAUAUGCCGCGGGCUCGUGCGCCGCAUCGAGCGCUGCUCAGAAGAGCUCAUCACCAGAAAAGACUCAAGCGCCCUCACCGACUUCUCCGAUGAGAGUCACGAGCCCAAGCCCUCAAGGUUCGAGCUCACCUUCCGGAUCCUGAAAAGGGGCAGGGGCGAGUGGGCCGAGAGGACAUAUCGUUCUUACCAAAAGCAGCCCCUGACGGUUGGACAUACCAAAGAAAUCAUAUCGGCCGCCCACAGGAUUGUUGGUCUUUAUCUCCGCAGGCACGACCAGGACUUCAGAUGGCUCGACCACCCCGUCUCAGACCAGGAAGCCGAAGAGGACCAGGUCGCAGAUCCAUCUCGGGAAGCACCAUUGUCCCUUCUCUGCAUACCCAACCCACGCUUCAUCGAAUCCGCGCAAACCUUUGAGUUCGUGUCCGGCUACAAGAUCGAACUGACCUUCCAGAGCCGAAAUCCACAAAGACGGGUGCCUGUGGUGAGGAAGUCCAUCACGCUCGACAGCAAGCAAGAUGCCCCUCUGACACUGUUCAUGAGCGAGGAUCUGCUGUGGAAGGGUGUCCAGGCCAUCAACACAGCGCUGGAUGCAAAGAAGAGGGAAUUUGACCACCACUUCAGCCGACAACAGGACGGCCAGCACUCAUGCCAGGGCGCUCUCGAGAUCGAACUCAGGAUAUCUAACAACCUCGGCCCGUUACACGACAACAUCCACAGAGAUAUCAAGAGCAGUCUUUUGCUGUUUUUCGAUCCCGAGGCCCGCGACUGCACCGCUUUUCUCGACAAUAUCGAAGGAAUCCUUACCGCGACGAGGGACGAGAUCGACGCCAAGGUCAACGAUAUGGAUGACUUCGUGUUCAGAAUUCGCGAGCUGAAAGGCGCAAACUGGAAGCUGAAGGACCCGGCAAGAUUCAAACUCGGCUCCAAGUCUUCGUGUGGGCGACGAACGAUCCAAGCAGUCCUCGACCGCAUCCAAACAGGUGUCGGCGACAUCAUUCGCGGCCACAAUAUCUCCAUCCAUAUCGAUGCCCACAAGAGAGGCCAUCUCGUUCUCGACAAGGCCAUUGUGGCUCAUGAAAAACGUGGGAGGACCAAGGAGAACUUUGCCUCGCCAUCCGAGGAGGAGGCCACGUUCCUCUCGAGGCUCAAGGCUCGAAUCCAGCAAGAUAUCGACAGGGUGUUGGAGGACACCUGUGCGAUUGACGACAUCCCAGAUAUUGACGAAGAAGAGGUCUUUAUCCGUCCUUUCACUCCCGCACGGCAAUCCGCCCCCGUCCCAACGUUGGCGUCUGCGAAAUCGUCCUCAUCUUUACGGCCGUCCACCCCUCUGCCACCAUUAGUGCCUGCCAAGUCGUCUUCCUCGUUACGGUCACUCGUGUCAUUGCGAUCACUAGCAUCUGGCCGAUCAUUCGCACCAACGCAACCGCCCACGCCCAGACAGUCACCAAGCCCUGUGAGAUUUGAGCGGGCUCCGUCAGACGUUUCCGUAGGGGAACAGCACUCACCCGAAAGAAUGCCAUCGUCGCCAGCGCCCCUGAAUCCUCCUUCCACAAAAAUGGCCAGGCCCAUCUCAAUCCCCGUACAGCCAACGCCACAGUCGUCUCCACCAAAGCGUCCACUCGUACAGCGCAUCUUUUCGCUCAGUCGUCGAUCCUCAGAGUCGGUCAAGGUUGUCGACCAUCUCAAGCCGAAGUUGAGCAAUGACCCGUUUGUUGCCAACAGCAGCAGCCAACCUAGCACACCAGCCAGCUCUGCAGUGAGCGAUCGAAGCUCCCAAUCUGCGGCUGGGGAAAACUCUACUGUCGAGGACCAAGCAACCCCGACUGCUGCGGCCAAAACCAAGCCUUCAAAGCGGCCCUUUUCUCUGUUUCGCAGGCGAUCUCGUGCCAACGAUGUUUCGACUCUUGCAAAGGGGAUCGAAAAGAUCAAACAGAGUGGGAGAAGUCGGGCCGCUCCAGCGGAGCCGAGCAAGGCAACGCCAUUGGAAGUGCUGUCAGAGUCACCGGAGCCUGGCCCUAAGACUAGCGGCGAUGUCCUGGGCGUGAUGAUGACGUCGAGUGAGGGAGACGAGAGUGCAGCAACUCGCCCCGCAGGGAGCGUGCCUGUGGCCGAAGCUCCUAUAACAUCAUCCCAGAAUGACGACAGAAACGAAGCGGCAUCGCGGUCAGCUGCCCGUGAACCCACCAAGGCGAAAAUGGACACCCCCGAAGCCUUUGAGGAUGCCAGAGAAUUCGCAAUCAGCCCUGCCAUUGAACCCAUCGUCAAGUCGGAGACCUCGAGCUCUUUUCUGACGGGUGAUGUGAGUCCGAGAUUUGACGAGUACUCAACUGCACCAUCAACGCCAGACCUGAGCCUGGGCUCCAAGAACUCGUCGCCCCGACACAGCCUCCUGACCACACCCAUCUACGUGCGGACGAGUUCGGGCACGAACGACAUUGCGGUGCGCAAGUUCGAUCCCGAGGUUGAGGCCGAGGUGGACGACUCGGAUAUCACUGUGCCCAAGACAGAACUGCCCACCCCUCUCGCAGCCGAAGAGCUUCCGAGCAAACACACAGCUUUGGAGGCAUCAGUCCGAGACGACGAAAAAGAAGGGGAACCAGACCAACGCGUGGCGCAACCCGGCCAAACACAGGGGCCCGGAUUUACUAUGUCCGAACCCGUCGAGCCUCAACCAACCACAUCCGCCCCAACACCACUUACAACAAAAGCCCCCAAUAACAACAGCAAUGCCAAUUCGACAAACAGCUCAUCAACUGCAGAAAAAGAUUUUGGCUAUGAAAACCUCGGUGCCGAGAAAACUGCAGGCUCCGAAGGUUCCAUACCGCGCCGUCCGGACUUCCCCACCAAGCGACUCCGGGACCCGGCUCCGACCCCUAAUCAUGAUCCUCCCAAAGCUUCUGAAAAUUUAGAUGCCAGGAAAACCUCGAGUCAAGAUGUCGAUCAGGCUACCGGCAACCAAGUCGGUCCCGCUCGCGGCGCCGAGGGGCAGCCCGUGGCACACAAAGACAAGUCCAACGUGACCGAAGCUGGUCCCGACGGCCACCGGGCCCAAGCGGACGGUGCCAAUCCGGGAGCCGUGCACAAAGUUUCUCCAGACACGGGUAGCACAAGGGCUCCGAGUGCUGUCACCGGCUCCGAGGAAAAGGGGACUGAGCAGGUGGCUGAGGAGAACGGGCCCGCAGAGUCUCAGAACUCGAGCAUUCCUGAUAAUGUCGGUUCCGACAAGCACGCCGAUGGGAGCAAUAUUGAGCUUGAGUUUCCCGAGGGUGAUGUAUGGGAUGAGCUUCGGGAACGAUAUGGGACCCAGGCCCAGGCCGAGAUGAGGAGCAAGCGGCUCGGGAGCAAUAUUGAGUUUGAGUUUCCGGAUGCUGGUGUGAAGGAGCAUCUUGAUGAGCGUCGCGGUUCCAGGCAGGAGCCCGAGAAGGUUCGCAAGGGGUCCGAGAUUGACUUUGAGCAUUCUGAGGCUACGGUUGAUGAAUAUCUUGCUCGGGACCGCGGUUCUGGAGUGAAGCAUGAUGACUCGGUUGCGACGAACGGGGCUGCUCGCGAGAAGAUUAGUGCGUCCUCGGAGCCGGCUCCUUGUCCGGGCAAGGUCUCUGAUAUCCCAGAAAAGACCGCGGUCAAGUCAUCGGAGCCGGCAGACUUGCCAACCGGUGCUGAUAUCGAGAAACCGGGACCAGCCCGGUUGUUCGCAGAUGUCGAGGUGGCGAUCCAUCAUGUCGUGCCUGAGAAGAGGACCAAAGACUUCGAUAUUCCCAUCCCUGAAAAGAGAGUCAGACUUUCCGUGUCUGAGACCGCUGUUGUCGGUGAUGUUCUCGCUGCCGAGCCGGCGUCUGUUCCCGCAGCAGCUGGCGACGUUGAAACCGAAAAGUCGACCACGGUGCCGACUGACAGCCAGGAUGUUGAAGCUGCAGCUGAGGAGCAACUCGCUGCCGAGCUCGAAGUCCAGGCAAACGACAACGUCGAGGAUGUCUCUCCUCCCGUAACCGAAAAGACAAUCGAAGCCGAACCUGUCAAAGAGCCCAUCGUACCCGAAGUGGCCAAAGAACUCGCCGAGGAAUUCGAAGUCCAAGUCAGCCCCGAAGGAUUGUCGUCGGAAGAAGUGAAGAAGGCCGAAACAAGAACAGAAACAGCGACAGCCCCCCAAGAUAUUACUAGGUCCGCCACCGACCUCGGCCGUAAAGAUGAGCCUGAGCCGGAGCGUUCCGGCGCUGAGGAGCAGCAUCCUCCCGUGGUAACACCACCUGUAAUCUCCGUCAAAGAAUUCGACACCAUCACUACCACCACCGAAACAGAAUCCCCCUCUCACCCAGUAGCCACUCCAGACAUCUCCCUCCUCAACCCCAACCCCCGCCAUUCCACAUCUACCUUCUCCUCGGGGUAUACCACCCUCUCCGACACCUCCUCCUUCAUCUCCCGCGGCUCAGUCGACACUUUCCGUCCCUCUUUUGACGAAUCCUCCACCCCGUUCGGCGACGAAGUUCGACUCCCACACUUGGACUCCCCCCACGAUCACGAGCACACUCACCCCACUUCCCGUCCCCAGACAGCUGGGUAUCUCGGGUUGAACACUCUGCGCACAGAAUCGAGGUUUAUUGAGCUCGGCCUUCGUGGAGCUUUGGGAGACCAGUCUAAGAGAUUGAGUUUACCGCUGAAUCAGCAUUGUUUUUUUGAUCAUCCUUUGCCUCAUCAUCUUGGGGCGGAGGAGGCUGAGACGGGGAGUAUUGCGGGGAGUACGAAGUCGGGGAAACUGAGGAAGAAGGAUCGGCAUAGGAAGGUCAAGUCGGCGAAGAUUUUUAGUCAGCAUGCUGAAGGGGAGGACAAGGCAGGAGAGAAAGGAGGGGUGAAGGACGGGCCGGAUGCGGCGGCUAUUCCAAAGAUGAUGAUGUUGUUUGCUGGGGCGGUGGCUCUCGGGAAGUUUUUUAGGGGUGGUCAAUGA